CUUGAUUUUGUACAACAGCUUCCGCCACUCAUUUCCGCCUUUUUCUGUUGAUUACGACCGGGAACUUCAGCAUUUGCUCGGUCGACGAUUCUAUCUGUGUUGGUUGGUUUACAAUCUUCUAUAAUGAACUGGGUUGGCGGGUCAAGGAGCCGUCUUAUCUUGAAGAAUGACACAAAAAAGCAGCGAGAGUUCUUUCAAAAGAGGAAAAUGCAAGAUAAACUUAAAAACAUGGCGGCUGCUUCGUCAUCCUCCCCUAAAGGCAUCCCUUUUGGAAGUAUGGACCUGCUCACACUGUUUGUUGUCAACCAGAUUGCUGCCAAAAAGGAACAUAAAGAUCCUCCUUCAGUGUCUGUGCUGAGCUCCAAAGGAAGAGGGAAGAAGAGGGGAAUCGAACCGUUGGUGCUCCCGAUGAGCCCCUGCUCUCCAUCACAGCUGAGUCUGGUUGACAGCCAACCUCAAUACAGCAUUCAGGGAGCAAGGGCAAAACAGAUUAUCCCGCAAGCGUUCAAGACUCGGCAAUUUUCACCUGUUCUGGAGGCAGCCUAUUCAGACAACAGCGUGUCAGACUACCUGAUGCCAACAGUGGAUCCCCUCAGCCCCUUCUCAUCCUCCUCCUCCUCCUCAGGACAAGGGAGGUUCUACCAGCAGUUGCAAGCACAGCCACAUUCUCAGUGGCCGCCUUCACCUUGGGACACAUCGGGUCUGGAUCAGAACACGUUUCAGCCUUACUGUGAGCCCAGACCAAUGACAUGGUCUUCUGGUUCUUACCUGGCCACUUCCCCUCCUUCGCAAUUAUUCAAACGCGCAAAACAUGAAGUCACCUCUCUGCAGCCAAAACAGGAACCCAUGAUGGACUUCACUCUGAACCAGAUGAGAGGCGAGCAGCCCUUUGAAGAGGAUGUCUUCAUGGGCUUCACCAAUGAAGACUUAAGCGUGUGUGAUUUUGGGAGAGAAAAACCUAAGAUCUACCUUAAAGAUGAACCAGGAGACAGAGCUUCAUCACCACAAACUGUCCCGGAGCCACAGGUCAUUGGCGUGCAGCAGCCGCCAAGCUGCAGUAGCAUGAACUUUUCGUGCCCCGACUACCCAAUGAAUGGCCAUUCACCAAUUUCCUCGUGUAGACGGGGUUACCAGAGUUCAGAUUCCAUUGAUAGUGAAGAACGCCAUCAGGCAUCGGAUGGAGACUGUUGUUUAGACGCUACUCCCCGCAGAAAUCAACAGCAGAGCGGGCAUCGUCUGGAAAUGUGCACAUGCAAGAAAACAUGCAGGGAAAUGAGAGAAGCACAAACCCAAACCUCCCCUGAGAUGUGCGACGCCGCCACUCAGUGCGAGCCCACUUUGGGUGUACGCCUUUCAACUGAUAUGUCACCACAGCGGGCCUCCAGCAGAGGGCGCACAGGUUGCUCAGACUUUUCAACAGCUGGCAAGAAGAGCUCCACCACAAACAGAAGGGUGCAGCAAGAUGAGGUCAAAGGGCAACAAGAACCCUCAUGUGAUGCCAUCCUGGAGCAGGCAUCCACCACCAAAAGACCCCCAGAAGAGGCUGAAACACGUAAGGAAAUAGCAGACAUUUUGCUCAUGCUCAAACAAAGAUAAGAGUGAUGAGGACAUACCUGUUCCGUGUGUGUUGUCUUAAUUGAAUGACCUGUUGUCAUAGCAACACUGUCAAAUAAAACCCCCAAAGCAGCA